AUGUCCCAAUUAGAUCUGAAGGUAAAGGAGAUUGUCGAGUCGUUUGAAGUUGAGAAGGAGCUUCUCCAAAACCUUGUGACGUUAUUUAUCAGGUCAGCAGAAUACGGCCUAACGCAUUCGUCAGUGGGGAAGGCGGCAAUGCCAAUGAUUCCAACAUACGUUACGCAGAUCCCAACGGGUAAGGAGAAGGGUGUCCUUUUAGCAGCCGAUUUGGGCGGCACGAACUUCAGGGUAUGUUCUGUUAAGUUGAACGGAGACCACACUUUUGAGUUGAAGCAGUCCAAGAACCCAAUUCCCGUGGACUUGAUGAGUAGCACCACCGAAGAGUUGUUUUCGUAUCUAGCUGGGAAAAUUGGCCAGUUUGUGGAAACCCACCAUAAUGAUAUAGGCGAUAAGAUGAAGCUGGGGUUCACCUUCAGUUUCCCCGUUGAGCAGACGUCGUUGAAUUCGGGAACGUUGAUUAGAUGGACCAAGGGGUUCAACAUUGAGGAUACUGUCGGUAAGGACAUUGUUGCCGUUUUGCAAGACCAUUUAGACCGGAAAAACAUUCCUGUGCACGUUGCCGCAUUGGCCAACGAUACCGUUGGCACCUUGUUGGCAAGAUCCUAUACUGGUGAAAACAAGGAAGGCUUGACCUCGAUUGGAUGUAUCUACGGUACUGGUACAAAUGGUGCCUACAAUGAGAAGGUCGAAAAUAUCACCAAGUUGCCCAAGGAAGUUGUUGAAGAGUUGAAGUCCAAGGGAAUUGACCACAUGGUUAUAAACACCGAGUGGGGAUCCUUUGAUAAUAACUUGGAGCUCUUGCCCACCACCAAGUAUGAUGUGGAGGUCGAUAAGAUUUCAGCUAAUCCCGGUUAUCACCUGUUUGAGAAGCGAGUCUCUGGUAUGUUUUUGGGAGAAAUCUUGAGACAUAUUUUAGUGGAUCUAUAUGAACAGGGCCUCAUGUUCACCCAGUACCCUACCAUCAACGAAUUACCUCAUAGAUUGAAAACCCCUUGGUUGUUGCAUUCCGAAGGCCUGUCGAUUUUUGAAAUCGAUGAUUCCACUAACUUGAUUGCCACGGAAAUCGAGUUGAAAAAUAUGUUGAGACUACCAACAACACCAGAAGAACGUAAGGCAAUCCAGAAACUGACUAGAGCUAUCUCCAAGAGAGCAGCACAUUUGGCCGGCGUCCCAAUUGCAGCAUUGACUAUGAAGAUUGACGCAUUUAAAGGCCACAAUGUGGAGGUUGAUGUCGGUGUUGACGGUUCAGUUGUGGAAUUCUAUCCUGGUUUCAGAACUAUGAUGAGAGACGCCAUUGCAGAUACCCAGAUUGGCGCCAAGGGUGAAAGAAGAUUGCAUGUCAACCUCUCAAAGGAUGGCUCCUCUGUUGGUGCUGCCCUUUGUGCAUUGUCAAACAACUCAUUAUAA